AUGGAUUGGUUUGAAAGAAUUUGUGCUGAAAGUCGAUCAAAGUUUUUCACAACUCAACAAGCAAUAAACAAUAAAAUUCAGCAAAAAUCAAGCGAUGAUCUCAUGAGUGCAGAUGAGUGCUACAGUCUUAUAAAAAAAAGUAUUAAGCCUAGAGAAUUAAUAGGCCAAGAAGAUUUAUGGAAAAUUCCUAUACUUCUUGUCUGUUUUGGCUGCAUUCUGGUUAUAUUAAUGGCGUUCUGCUUCGUUUUUCAGUGCUUGUUGAGAAGAGUAAAUGAUUCAAGACUUUCUAACCAGUUCGAAAUUGAUAUUUGCAAUGUCGAAAAAUCGAAAAACAAUUCAAGAAUGCACAAAGCCAGCCAAAGCGAACGACCACCAAACGAUAGUUGCUGUUCCUGUUUAAAAGUCAAGUAA